AUGACCUGCUUAGUGUGGACAAAAGAACGGCAAAUCUACAAAGACGCAUUCAACACCGCUUCUUUUCAAAACUUCCCGUUGCAAGAUAAGACGGAUAUGCGCGAUUGGGGCAUUCACGUAAGUCGAAGAAACAAAGCGCUAAAGAUAUGGAUGUCCGUGCGGCUAAAUGGACUUGAAGGACUGCGAUACUAUCUCAACAAUGUAAGCAUCUACGGUCUUUAUGUGGAGCAGUUAAAAGAGUGA